AUGGUCCGAAAGCUCAAGCAUCACGAGCAGAAGCUCCUUAAAAAGGUCGAUCUCUACACCUACAAAUCCGACAACAACCACCGCGAGGCCACUAUCCGACGCCGCUAUCACCUCCAAGACCCCCUAGACUAUAAAAAGUACAACGCUAUAUGCGGUUCCCUACGGCAAUUAGCUCAUAAGCUCUCCGCGUUAGACCCGGACUCCGACCCAGUGCGCAAACAGCUCGAGUCACAGAUGCUAGAGAAGCUAUGGUCGAUGGGGAUAUUGAAACAAAACCGCGAGCAAGGGGCAGGGCUAAGUAAAGUCGAAAGAGAAGUUACCGUUAGCACAUUUGCGAGGAGGAGACUGGGUGUGGUUAUGGCAAGGAAUGGGAUGGUGGAGAGUGUUCCGUCGGCUGUUAAGUUUAUUGAGCAGGGACAUGUGCGUGUUGGGACAGAGGUGGUUACCGACCCUGCUUUUCUGGUGACGAGGAAUAUGGAGGAUUUCGUUACCUGGGUUGACUCGAGUAAGAUUAAGAGGAAUAUCCUGCGGUACCAGGAGAAGCUGGAUGAUUUCGAUUUGCUAUGA